AUGUCUAAGAGAGGUCGUGGUGGUGCCGCCGGCAACAAGCUGAAGAUGUCGCUCGGUCUUCCUGUUGGAGCCGUCCUCAACUGCUGCGACAACUCGGGUGCUCGCAACCUCUACAUCAUCUCGGUUAAGGGCAUUGGUGCGCGCCUCAACCGUCUCCCCGCCGCGGGUGUCGGUGACAUGGUCAUGGCCACCGUCAAGAAGGGAAAGCCUGAGCUCCGUAAGAAGGUCAUGCCCGCUGUUGUCGUCCGUCAGAGCAAGCCCUGGAGACGGCCAGACGGUAUCUACCUCUACUUCGAGGAUAACGCUGGUGUUAUCGUCAACGCCAAGGGUGAGAUGAAGGGAUCCGCCAUCACUGGUCCCGUCGGUAAGGAGGCUGCUGAGCUCUGGCCCCGUAUCGCUUCCAACUCCGGUGUCGUCAUGUAA